AUGGCGAACAUUGGUGAUACCAAAGCCGGAACCUUGAUUGGCACGGAUAGAUACGGCAACAAGUACUUUGAGAAUCUGGAGGAGGAGCUGCCGCUGCGAACACGCUGGGUAGACUACAAGGACAAGGAGUUUGAUCCUUCUCAGAUAGAGCCCGGAUGGCACGCUUGGAUGUCAUACAUGGUCGACAAGUCCCCAGCUGCGGAUCCUCUUCUGCAGCGUCAGAUCCGCGUCUGGGAGCCAAAGGAGCACAGGCCUACCCUUACUUGGAGCCGAUCCGGAUACAAGCCUUACAGCACCGUCAAGAACAAGUAUUCCCCAUGGACCCCCGUAGCCAAACCUCGUGCAUAG